AUGAGUGCACCGGGAUCAGCACCAGCACCGAGCGAGGUCCAACAAGUAUCGAUACCUUCCGAAAUCAUGGAUGUGGACACUCCCAACCCAGCCGCAGAACCCUCAACUAAACCUCAACCUCCACCUUCCAAUAAGCGCAAGAACGAAGACGAUGAGCCGAAAGAACCUCUAUCAGAGGUGAUUCUGAGACGAUUGACAAGGAUAAAAGAGGGUGAUACGGUGAUGUUGAAACUACCUAGCGAUGCUAUCAAGGUGAUCACGGUGGAGAAGAACGGUCUCAUACAGCUAGGCAAAUACGGAGCAUUCCCAUCUUCCCAACUUCUGGGACUACAUUACGAUAUAACGUACGAAAUCAUCGGUGGACCCUCUGCUUCGGGAUCAGGUAGUAGUACGCCCCUACCAUUUAUGAGUGAUGAUAAUGGACAAAAUACGAAGAACAAGAAGAAAGGGAAAUCGAAAGAAAACGAUAGUGGUAGAACUAAUCAUGGUUGGAAGAACGUUCUAAGGCCGUUGAAAAGACAGAAUGUUGUUGAUGCCGUUGUCGACGACAUAACGGAAACCAAUGAGCACAUACACGAUCUACCAGAAUUGGAGAAACAGACAUUAUCGCACGAUGAGAUCAACGAGUUGCGAUCGCAAGGAUUAUCAGUAGAAGAGAUAAUAAAAAAGCAGGAAGAAGCGCAUGAGAUGUUCAAGUUGAAGACCGAGUUUAGUAAAGAGAAGUGGAGGAGGAGGAAGGAGAAGAAAUUCUCUACUACUGUUCAUCCCUUAUCACCUUCCAUCCCUAACAUCCUACACCACUAUUCCGAAAGGUCGCCCGCGUCAGUCCUCCAUCUCCGAGUCGAUACCCUCUCGCAAUUAUUGAAUAUGGCAAACAUCCGACCCGGCGGGCGAUACUUGGUAGUAGACGAUACGAGCGGUCUUGUCACCGCUGCCAUAUUGGAGCGAAUGGGAAGCGAAGGGAAGAUCUUGUUGUUCAAUAAUAGUGAUUCACCGCCUGCGUGGAGUAUAUUACAAUCUAUGAAUAUAAGUGAGAGGGAAUUGAAGGGCGUGAAGUGUUUGAAUUGGAUGGAAGCGCAGGAGGAUUAUGAGAGACCCCCACCACCACCCGAAGACGACAAUGCUAAACCCGCCAAAGUCGCUCAGCGAUUGCGCAAACAUAAUGCUCAAGUUGCCGAGUUGAAUGCUACGAGGGAUGAAUUGCAUAUGGGUGGGUGGGAUGGAUUGAUUCUCGCUACGACGCUAUCACCAAUCUCUGUCCUCUCCUUCCUCACCCAAUACCUGAUAGGUUCAGCACCCAUCGUAGUCUAUUCUCCGCAUCUGCAGGUCUUAGCGGAGCUUCUUGCCUGGUCGAAGAAAGAUCCACAUUACUUACAUGAUACCCUAUCCGAAUCUUGGGAGAGAACCUACCAGGUAUUGCCUGGACGUACGCAUCCGAUGAUGAAUACCAGUGCGUCGGGUGGUUGGUUAUGGUCCGCUAUACGAGUGCAUCCAAGUCAAUUCCAACCUGAAUCACACUCGAGGUUCAAAAGGCGUAAAACGGGGAAACAGUUGGGUAAAGAAACUACUUCUGGCGAAGGUGAAAAUGGUAUCACCAAAGAGAAGAAGCAAGAUGAAAAUGGAGCGCAAUCCGGAGUUGAAGUCGUGGUGGAAAUGCAGUCAAAAGCGGAGACGAGCAUAUCGGAUCAAGCUGUAUCUGAAAUAUUGGGCUCUUGA